GACCGACGUACAGACCUCAGCGAGGGGCGAUGACGUCAUCAUCGGGGGUCGCCAACAUGUACAGCUACACCCCCACCCCCCACUGCUCCCUGUCCAGGUGGGGGGCUAGGUACAGCUACACCCCCACCCCCCACUGCUCCCUGUCCAGGUGGGUAGCUACACCCCCACCCCCCACUGCUCCCUGUCCAGAUUGCGGCAGCCUGAUAAGCAGUCAGUCCAGCAGCGCGACCCCGUCCGACAACGCCAACGUUUCUCUCCCCAACGGCCGUCUUCCAUCGUUUAUUUCCGGUUUUCCUCCAUCCCCAGGGGAUGAAAUAUCUUCCCCAGCUGACCUUCCCCCACCUUAUACCUCCAACCCGCCGCCGGCAUCCACCUUGGUGGCUGUUCGUACGUCAGGCAUUACAGGCAGCGGAGGCGCUGCCGUCAGCUCUGUAGUACGACAACAUCCACAAACCGCGGCAGUGAAGAACCGCCUCUCCAUGGGGCCCAGACGUACGACAGACGUCUUUGUUGUGGGCACAGGAGACCACGGUUGCACGACCGGAAUGCUGAGCACCUUCACCCAGGCCCCCACAGCCCCAAUCACCUCGCUCUCCCACAGCACCCAUCUCUCCCCAGCCGACCUGCGCUGCCUCCCCAACUUCCUUUCCUCUGGCGUCUACAACCCCAACUCUGGCAACCCCAACGCCUUCCAGUUCACUCCUCAACCCGGAAACUCCAACCCCAACAACCCUUGCUUCACGUCUGACUACAACGCUGCUCGCUACAACAACAACAGCAACGGCUUCGAAAAUAACUUAGAUUCCCCUACCGGAAGUGGAAGAGAUUCCAACGCAAUUCCUAGUGCGAUUCCUGACACAUCGAUUCCCGGUAACGGCGAAAACGAUGAUUCCGACAGCGGCCGUGCCAGCAACUCUGUAUCGUCGGUAUCUCCGCUGCACGGUAACUAUAGUUUGAAUCACAACGGAGUACCGGUAACUAUGAACAGCGGGAACGCUGGUUCAACAGGAACCAAGAAUCCUGUUUCGCCUUAUGAACACAAUCCUGUUUCACUUCAUAACGGUGUUUCAAGUUACGAUAGAGGGAAUGUUGCAAGUCACAAUCAAGUUUCAAGUUACGGAGGCGAAGCUGUUUCAAAUGCUCACGGUCUACCAACUUCGGCGUACCAUGAAAACAUGGUUGCAACCUCACACGGUCACCCGGUGGCAGCUUCCAAUAGUCACCCUUUAUCAAGUCACUAUAAUAAUCCCGUUUCAACAUCACAAACUCACCCCGUUUCAACACCCCACAACAUCAACAUCAUCGAGUCCAUCAAGAAGAGGCCGCCAACGGGGCUCGUGAUUGGCUCGUUCGCUCCGGCGCUGCAGCCAAUCACGAGGCCGUGCAGCACCGCACAGCACGUCAUCAUCACGGCGUCGGCCACCGAUGAUACACCAACUGAUAUGCCGCCCAAGAUGUUCAACCUCACCAAGUUCUGAACAUAACUCAAGUUAUCUCUGAUGAACAUCAUCAACGUCCGACAGGAUGUUCAACCUCACCAAGUUCUGAACACGACUUAAGUUAUCUCUUACGAACAUCAUCAACGCCCGCCAGGAUGUUCAGCCUCACCAAGUUCUGAACACAACUCAAGCUAUCCCCUCUGAACAUCAUGAAAGUCCGCCAAGAUGUUCAACCUCACCAAGUUCUGAAGCAGAUUUCAAACGAAACUUUGUUUAUGAACCUCAUUUGCGCGAGUUUUUUUUUACGUUAAUCGUUUGUUCCCGGGAAUAGAUUGAGAUGAAAAUAUUUUCUAACUUGUACACAAUUGCGGAGUUUUACUUAAUUUUGGAGAUAAUGAAAUUGUGUAUGUUGCUCAACUUACUAGGAUAAUUUACAGAUAACUGCCAGCGACUCUGAGCUUGAAGCAAAUUCGUAUAAAAAUAUAAAGUCCUGGACUGAACUCUCCGUAAAAACCUGGCGAAGUUCAACCUUUGCCAGACUGUAUAAUUUUAAAACAUUUUUAUCGCAGUAAAUGAAGGAACAUGUGUACUAUGCAGUCUCACGAGGGUUACACCAAGUUAUAAUCACGAGGUUCCUAUAUAGAUUAUCUGCAGUUUGUUGAUUGUAUUCACCUUGAAGGUACGAGGCAUAUUGUAGUCAUAUGCCAUAUUGCAGGCACACGCCAUAUUGUAGUCACACGCCAUAUUGUAGUCAUAUGCCAUAUUGCAGCCAUACUCCUUCCCUAAAUGCAAGACAUAUACGUAUAGAGAUAAAUUCUGCUAUCAGCAUCAGGAUUCGGUUGGGCUCAGGGUUCGGAUUGGGCUCAAGGUUUGGGUUGGGUUGAGGGUUCAAAACGGGCUCAGGGUUCCGUCACAUUGAUUAUCUUCUUUUGAAUGGAACAACCAGCAGUUAUUGAGUCAACAUUAUUACUUAUAAUUACCUUAGCUGAGCACCUUACUUAUAGUGAUUGCCGUAUAGACUGUGGCAAAACCAUUUGCCAUAUUACCUAUGAUAAAAACUGUUACCAUGUUACCAAUGAUUUUACCUACUUACAUAUUACCUAUGAUAUAACCUAAUGGGUCAACUUUUACCAUAUUAGGUAUAGUACAACCUAUGACCAACCUACUGACUGUUGUUAUACCAAUUGAUGCCUCGCCUGCAAGUAGUUCUGGUUCUGAUUCAGGGUUUGGAUAUUGCGAUUUGUUCAGGUCCUUAUAUAUAGUUGCCGAUAUCAAAAACCUUGUACUAACGCCGUUGAUUAAAAUCUCACAAUUAUUUAUGAUUAUUAAUACAACUCGGCAAAUUAGAUAUACACUUAUCAUUAUAUGUUUAUGAACAAAUAAUUAUUAUUCGACAUAAAUAGGUAUCGUUAUUCGUUACAAAAUGAUUCAUCUCCUUGCCAAGUGCGUGCCACGUUGUAUGUUUAACCAAGUUUUAGAAGGAUGGUCAAUCCACCAAGUGCCUUGUACGUGAUAGAUUAUCGAUAAAAAUGAUGAUUAGGAUUAUAAUAAUUGUAAUAAAUCAAUAAGUUUUUAUUGAUUUAUUUUGAAUUUUAGGUUGAGGGUCGACUAGGUUGCUUCAAGGUUUAUAGAGGGUAACAAUGCAGCGUAUGAAGGUUGAAAUAAUAGAUUUGAGGGCAAAUUUCGACAGAUUACGAUAAAUUUAGUCUGAUUUGUUUGUGCUGUAAAUUAACUUAAUUUUUAAAAUAGCAACCAAUUUUAGGUUUAGCCAUAACUGAUGAGCUUGCAACUAGCGCGCGUGUUGCAUCGCGCAACUAGCUAGUUGCGCGAUGAGCGCAACUAGCGUUCAGAGGUUCAGUUAUAGUAACUCUUGUUAUUAGUUUAGUUCAACUAAUUCACUGCUUUCCAUAUGAGUUCAAUACUAUUAUUUAAUGAUGCCAUUGUAUUAAUGAUUGUUGCAAGUCGAUAGGAGGAAUUGCAAAUAGUGUAUAUUAAGCCAUGAACAAUGUAUGAAGAUGCAGUGACUCAGCAAUAAAGCAUGUGUGUUAAUA